UGUUUGUUUACAUUUGUCAUAUUUCGUAUUCACUUGUUGUUGAAGCUUGUCUCGGAGUUCAAGGCUGUGAUAUCUUUUAUAUUUUCUUCAUCAUGAUAACAUCAAGCAAUAGAAAUUCUUCAGAUCAUACUUUUUAUCGCGUUUGGGCCAUUUUUUGCUCAAAACGUGAACUUUGCUCUUCCCAUUCAGCCAUGAAGAUAGUACUUAAUUUUGAAAUCACUUUAAACUUAAAAUAGCUCGAAGAAACACUGUUUACAUUCUUGGGCUUUCGUAUGUGAAAUGCAACCGACAGAUUUACUGGAUCAAGUUCGGGGAUUUCGAAGUGACAGACUGAAACGAGUUUCAACUAAAGUGACUGCGGGAGACGGCCAACAGUACGUAGAAACACUACAAGAUUCUGGAAAAUAUACUAUUCUAAAAUCCGGCAACAGUACGGGGUACGUUGUGGAUAACAAAGAAGAUAUAACCGUGUCACUGGUUGUGCAAGGAUUAAUACUUGGUUCUCAAGAUGUAGCCAUGGAGUUGAAGAUAUUAGAAGAUUUUAAUGUGACUCACAUUUUAAAUGUUGGCUAUAAAAUUCCUAAUUAUUUUGAGUCCAAAUUCAUUUACAAAAAUGUGGAAGUAUUAGAUGAUCCAUCAACAGAUAUUAGAAAGUUCUUCGAUGGUUGUUUUGAAUUCAUUGAUGAUGGGCGGCAGGAAGGCUGCACAUUGGUUCAUUGUAAUGCAGGUGUCUCACGUGCUCCAACUAUUGUCAUUGCAUACUUGAUGAAAAAAUAUCACAUGAAGCUUAAGGAAGCAUACGCUCUUGUUAAAAGUGUGAGAUCAAACAUAAGACCAAAUGAUGGCUUUAUGAAAGUUUUAGAAGAGUAUGAUAAAGAACUCUUUGAUGGAUUUGGGAAGACAGGGUGAGUUUUCAGCUGAUUUUAAUUCCCAGACAAAGCCUUCAGUUUAAUUUUUAGAAGCAUAGUUACAGUACAAAUAACGUAUCAAGUUCAGAACUUCGGCAAUGCAACAAACAUGCUGGAGCAAGACCUAUUAUCUGGCCAUAACAAUUUUGUAAAUUAGAUUUAAUGUAUUGUGAGAGUACAAAAACUAAACAAAAUUUGUGUAGAGUGAUUCUGUGAAUGGAUUUAGUAACUGGAAACAUAUUAGAAGAUAAACUAUAGAUAAUGCGUUUUGUGUUAACUUAUGUGUAAGAAUUUGCCGUGUUGUUGCUUCAUGAAAGCUCUUCAGGGUUCAAAUAUUCACCUUCUGAUUGAAACAUCAUUAAAGAGAAUAUGAAGAUUUAUUUCUUUACGGUUAUUAUGCUGUAAAAUUCCACAAAUGUAUUUAAUGCUCUAGCAAUUAAUUAGUUAAACCUUCUGUCUUAUUACUUUCCACAAUUCUUGACAGCUUUGAAGUUUUUCACAACUGACUGAUCUUUGGCUUCUUCAAUCCAUUAAAAAAAUUUAGUAGAAUGUGUAAUAAGAGAAUUGUUUAGGAAUAAACACAUUGGACUGAGUUCAGCAGUUCAGAUUAUUUGAUAAUGAAAACUGUCAAUAUUUUUGUUGCCUUCAGUAGAUUUUUUGCUUAACAUUCAGCAGUAAUGAUCCUUGAUCCUUCCUGUGAAGCAAUAGUUGUACUUUUCUGGUUACUUCCAAAUCAUCAUAGCUUAAUGAGAUAGUAUUCAUACUGGAUAUAUGUGUGCUGGAUUAAUAGGUGUGCGAUACCACUGCUUUCUGGACUACGAAACUGUCACUCUAUUCUUAUCUGUUCGUUGUUGAAUAGCAAUCUAAAAUAUUGUAGAAAUAAAAAUAAAUAUUUUUGUAAUUUC